UUGUCAAUACUAUCGCUUUUCAGGAAAUUGUUGUUACCCCCCUUGAUGAUUUCCGUGGACAAUCGUCGCUACUAGCAACGUUUCAGAGAAAUGUAUGAAACCGGUGAUUACAUAAAAAAGAGGGGAUUAGUAAUUCCGAUAACUAACCUCUUUUUUUCUUCUCGGUUUUUUUCCCCCUUUACUUGAGUGCUAAUUUAUUUCGAUUUCAUAGCGUGCAGUAAGAAUAUGUGAUACUCAUGGCGUGUCGUAGAAUUUGAUGAUUCAGACUUUCAGGAGAAGGUAUGUGUCUUUAUAGGAUACAGAGGAAAAAUAACAAUUUCUCAGAAGAAAUUUUUGCAGUAUGAUUUGAUCAUGUGACGCUAAGAGAUGUAGUAGAACUACAGAGUUAGUUGAACAAUGUGCUUGUUUAACUAUAAACACUGUAAGGAAAUUCGUAGAAUUAUAUUGCGAGGUUUCUGCAGUCUUUAAAAGUUGAAUUUAAUUCGAAGAGUGCUAUGGAAGUGGUGGCAAUAAUGAGUGAACAUCAUACAGCUGUGAGGGUUGAAUCGCCUCAGCUGCUCUACUGACUUACUGUCAUCUUAUAAAUAUGUUGAACCUGUGGUCAUUGAUCAACCUACCAGUCAUGAUCUUGACCUUUUUUGCAACAAUCCGUGAAAGCGCUGGCUCGGGUUUACAGUUAAAUUCUUUCAUUUCACACUUUGAGCCUCUAUUCUAUAGUCCUAAAUCUCUUGAUGAUCAUAUUCAUCGCAAAAAACGUUCUGCAAAAUCCGAAAUCAGGUUACAGUUUACUGCUCAUAAUAAGGUAUUCAAGUUGAGAAUGAGAACAGAAACUUCCAUAUUUGCACCUGAUGUAGUAUUUGAAUCAUCUAGUAGAGGAAAAUUUGACUAUGAUGUACGAAAAGUAUUCAAAGGACAUUUAGAUGAUGAUGAAGAUUCUUCAGUAGAAGGAGUUAUAACGUCUGAUGGACUAUUAGAUGCCGUCGUGAAUACUAAAUUGGAACAGUAUUUUAUAGAACCAUCAUCAAGAUAUUUUCUGGAAUCAUCUCGACCGUUUCAUUCUGUCAUAUACAAAUUAUCUGACGUCCAUUUUCCUCUUGGGAAUUUCACACGCAAAUCACCUUCAUUGGUACCAAAAUCUCAUGGAUCAUACUUUUCACAUCAGCUUAUGGUUACAUCACCAGAGUCUGUCCAUUCAUCUGCAACAGAAAUAAAUAAUUAUUUACUUCUCAAAAAUCACAGUUCCUUUACGAAUCCAUUAUCAUUAACAUUCCAGCUACUUCAUAAAAAGAAAAAAUCUUAUUAUGCACAAAAGUACCUUACAUCAGGAUCAGUUUUUUCUUCUAAUGAAUCUGAAACUGAAUUGUAUGUGAGGGAUGGUGAUGCUUUGCAGUAUCGCGAUUUUGAACAUUAUGGAGAUUCUGAAAGAUAUGGGGUUGGGUCAAAUCAGAGAACACAUGUAUCUGAAGAUAGAACUGAUAGACAUGUGGCUAUUGAUCUUCAAAAAAGUACAUGCAUGUUGUAUCUUCAGGCAGAUCAUCUUUUUUAUCAGAAAAUGGGAAGUGAAGAAGCAUGCAUUGAAACAAUUACACGCCAUGUUCAAAAAGUUAAUGGUAUUUAUAAAAAUACUGAACACGCAGCAGAAUAGGCAGUUGGCAACAGUGAAUUACAAUGUAUAUGACAGGCAAUAACUGAGAUGUUCCUCAUAUACUUUUCCUUCAUUCUUAUUAAGCAUAUUCUUCAAGAGGUAUUCAAGAAUAUUACAUUUAGUCAUAUAAAAAUGAUGAUAAUUAAUUGUUUUGUUUAAUUUAAUUUUACAGA